UUUUUCUCUUAUCAUCGCAACUUUGUCUCGUAAAACAAUUUGUUUAGAGAAAAGUCGUCUUUUUUUGUUACAUUUUACAAAAAGUCUCUUCUCACGAAACUUUUCCCUGUUUUUUCUAUUUUUAGCCGUUCAUUCGUAGAAACUCACACAAGUUUUUCCUCAUCACCAUCAUCAAGCGUCAAGUGUUGUUGUUAGAGAGUGCAUCUUUUUUCACGAAUAAUUUUCCAACAACACAAACGCAACUCACAAUUAGCGGUGUCGUAGGUCGUUUUCGUCGUCGUCGGUGUCGUUAGUGUUGUUCCUCCGGAAAAAAAAAUCUCCGCGGAAAAAAUUUUUGCUCACAAUUUUUAUGUGUGUGCGUUCUUAAAGAAAAAAGAAAAAAAAAUAAUUAAAAAACUCUAAAAAGCAGAAAAUUAACGAAAAAUGUCGUUUCGUGUCGUAAGAAGUUCAAAAUUUCGUCAUGUGUAUGGAUCGGCAGCGAAAAGGGAACAAUGCUACGAUAAUAUUCGCGUGUCAAAAUCCAGCUGGGACUCGACCUUUUGCGCAGUAAAUCCCAAAUUCCUGGCCAUUAUUGUGGAAUCAGCUGGCGGCGGUGCAUUUAUUGUGCUCAAUCACAAGCAAGUUGGUCGAGUUAACGCUGAUCACGCAUUAGUUGGCGGGCACAAAGGUCCCGUCUUGGAUAUCGCCUGGUGCCCGCACAACGACAACGUUAUCGCAUCCGGAUCCGAGGAUUGCGUCGUCAAAGUAUGGCAAAUCCCGGAAGGAGGUCUUUCGCGCACCCUCACGGAGCCCGUUGUCGACUUGGUGUACCAUCAACGUCGCGUCGGUUUGGUGCUGUGGCAUCCGUCGGCGCUAAAUGUGUUGCUUACCGCUGGCUCGGACAACCAAGUCGUCAUCUGGAACGUCGGUACGGGCGAAGUGCUCAUCCAAAUCGACUGCCAUCCGGAUAUCGUGUACAGCGCUUGCUGGAAUUGGGACGGUUCGCAGCUCGUGACGACCUGCAAAGACAAGAAAAUUCGUUUAAUUAAUCCGCGAACGGGCGAAGUUGAGAGUGAGGCAUUGUGUCAUGAUGGCGCAAAAGCAACGCGAGCGAUUUUCUUGCGACACGGCUUGAUUUUCACAACGGGCUUUAAUCGAUCGUCGGAGCGUCAAUAUUCGUUGCGUGCUCCGGAUGCGCUCAGCGAACCCAUUGUGAUGGUCGAGUUGGAUACGUCGAACGGUGUAAUGUUCCCGCUUUAUGAUCCCGACACGAAUCUCGUUUUCUUGUGCGGCAAAGGUGAUUCGGUCAUCAGGUACUUUGAGAUUACGCCGGAGCCGCCUUUCGUGCACUACAUCAAUACGUUCCAGACGCCGGAUCCGCAACGUGGCAUCGGAAUGAUGCCGAAACGCGGUUGCGACGUCAGCACGUGCGAAAUUUCAAAGUUUUAUCGGUUGAACAACAGUGGCUUGUGUCAAGUCAUCAGUUUUACGGUGCCCCGCAAGUCGGAGCUCUUCCAGGAGGACUUGUACCCCGACACGCUCUCGGAUGAAGCUUCGAUUUCGGCGGAAGAUUGGUUCGGAGGACAAGACGCUGACCCAUCUCUCAUUUCCUUGAAGGAUCGUGUUUUAUUGGUACAGGGAGGGUAUGUGUCGCAAUCCAAGGGACAGUUGACGGUGAACAAGAAGCCAAAUGUCUUGAACAAGGCACGAAUUGCAGGACAAGGCCCGGCGCCAGCUGCAGCAGCAACGCCCGCCGCAGCAACAGCUACCUCAGUGACGAACAACGGAAAUGGCAAUGCGGCUGAUAACUCGGCGAACAACAAUCAGCAAGUUGUGGUGUCAGGAAUUUCGGAAAAGGAAAUCAAAGCAAUCAACGAUGAAAUCCGAAAAUUAAAGGCGGUAAUUGUCAAGCAAGAAAACAGGAUUCGCGCCCUCGAAGCGCACCAAAAAGCACAAGAAGCAAUUGCCAACGAGCUCUUGGACGAAACAGAUGCCGCCGCUGCACCCGAAACCGCCGCGAGUUUAGCGCCUGAUGAAGUGUAAAAAGCGAAAAUAAUUAAAAAAAAAAAAAUACAAACGCGAACAAUCACGACUGUGUAUAAAAAAAAUGAAAAUUAUGAUAAUAAUUAAGUUUACAAAAAAAAAAUCACAAAAGCAAAAAUUAACAAGAAAAGUGCCUGUUUAAAAAAAAAAUUAAAUUAAAAUCGCAUGAAACUUAAAAAAAAAAUUGAGAUGACUCUUUUUUCAAAAUAAUAUUUAUUAUUAUUAUAUUAAACAUAUACUCUAAUUUUUUUUUGUAUUAUUAUUAAGAAAAAUAAUAUUUUAGAAGCAAGCAAGAGUUUAAAGAAAAAUAAAAAAAACAAAAGAACACAAAGAUAUGCAAAAAAACGAGUCCCCUCCUAAAAAAUAUUACAAACCUUUGUAUUUUAAUUGUAUUACAUUUUUACACAUUUAAACACAACAAGAAAAAAUUUUGUUGGUUCGUUAUUAUUAUUAUAUUAUUAUUUUAUACUACAGUAAAAUAUUAAAGAAAAUUGAAUAAAAUUGUAAGAUAAGAAAAUUAGGAACACAAAACAACGAAAAAGAGCAAUCGUGAAAAAAAAAACAAUUUUUAUACGAAUCAAUUUUUGCAUCAAUAAUUAAUUUUUUUAAAUGUUAAAUAAUAAUAAUAGGGAAAUUUUUUAACAUUUAUAUAAAUAUAACACAAACAAA